AGCCCCAUUAUAAAAAGCGACAGCGCUCAGGCGGCAGCAGCACUGAGCUGUCGCGUGGCCCCAGCCGCCUGCCUGCCUGGCCCCCGCCGGGACCCUCGCCCACCCAGCCAUGGCUCCGACGCCUCUCUCGUGGCUGCUCCGCGUGGCUGCCCUCUGCCAUCUGACCGUGCUGCUGGCCGGACAGCACCUGGGCGUGACGAAAUGCAACACCACGUGCAACAAGAUGGCCUCGGAGCUGCCCGUGAAUCUGCUCAUCAGCUACCGCCCGAACCACGAGUCCUGCGGCAAACGCGCCAUCAUCUUGGAGACCAAGCGGCACAGGCGUUUCUGCGCCGACCCGAAGGAGCAAUGGGUCCAAGAAGCCAUGAAGCACCUAGACCAAGCAUCUAGCCAGGCCGCUGCUCUCACUAGAAACGGAGGCACAUUCGAGAAGCAAAUCGGCGCGGUCGAGCCCAGGACCACUCCGGGCCCCAGGGGAGUGCACGAGUCCCCAGCCUCGGAGCCUGAAGCCACCGGGGAAAGCCACAGUUUGGAGGUGACUCUGUCUUCCCAGGAGGGCAGGGCUUUGGGGACUUCCCCAGAGCUGCCGAUGGCAGGGUCUGGUUCCUCAGCGACCGGGUUCCCCCCGACUCCAAAGGCUCGGGACGGAGGGCCUGAGGACACUGACAUUUCUACUCCUGCUGCCGUCUCCACUGCGACAACCUGGCAGAGCUCCACAGCCUCCCCGCCGGGGACCGGCCUCUGGGCCGAGGAAAAGACCUCUGAGGCCUCCUCCACGCAGGCGCCCCCCACCCAGGCCCCCUCCACUCAGACCCCCACCACCCAGACCCCCACCACCCAGACCCCCACCACCCAGGAGGACGCCGGGGCCAAAGGCCAAGCUGUGGGCGAGGAGGGCCAGAGCCCCCGGCCGGAGAACUUUCUAGGCCCCGAGGAGACGGAUCCUGUUCUAGCUCACACGGAUGCUUUCCAGGACUGGGAGCCUGGCAGCAUGGCCCACGUUUCUGUGGUCCCCGUGGCUUCUGAAGUGAGCCCCAGCCGGGAGCCAGUGGCCUCAGGCAGCUGGGCCCCCAAGGCGGAGGAGCCCGUCCACGCCACCGUGGACCCGCAGCGGCUGAGCGUCCUCAUCACCGCCGCCCCUGACCCCCAGGCGGCCACGCGCAGGCAGGCGGUGGGGCUGCUGGCCUUCCUUGGCUUGCUCUUCUGCCUGGGUGUGGCCAUGUUCGCCUACCAGAGCCUGCAGGGCUGCCCUCGCAAGGUGGCGGGGGAGAUGGUGGAGAGCCUUCGCUACGUCCCCCGGAGCUGUGGCAGCAACUCCUAUGUCCUGGUGCCAGUGUGAGCCGCCCCCUGCCUGCAUCCAGCCAUUUGACUCAGACUGGGGUCCCCUGUCUUCAUACCCCCCUCGCCCAAGGGCCUGGCCUGAGCUGGGGUGACCGGGGCGGGAGCUGUGGUCCUCUAGGUGUGAGCUGCUCCUCGCUCCCGGGCACACCCCGGGAGGCCAGCCUUGGCCAUUCUCGGCCAGCGGGGACAGGGCGAGUGGCCUCCCAGCUCAGCCCAAAUCCAAAACACUCCUCUGCUGCUGGCUGGUCAGAGGGUCCCUUUGACACUGUCCCUGUCCCAGUGGACGAUUAUUUAUUGAAUGCCCAGACCCCCGACCCACACCUCCCUGUGGGCACCGUGUCAUCCCAGAUGAGCAUCAAGCCAGGCCCUUUGGCCCACGCCCUCUGACCCCAUCGUGUCUCUUGGUCCUGCUGCAGUCGCCAGUCACCCCGGCCACCUGCGGUGCUAUCUCCCCCAUCCUCUGUACACAGCCCACGCCCCAACUGGUGACGUGUCUUUUCCUGCAUGAAGCUAGUGUGGCGCUCCCAGGGACGGCUCUGCCCUCGGCUAGGCAUUGGGCAGGGGGAGAUAAAGCCAUCUGGUGGCUUUGAGAACCGGUGGCUUUCCUCCCGGGUCCAUGCCGUGUAGUGAAGGAACAUUGACUCUGAGCCCGAAGGCUAGGUCCUGCCCCCAGGUCCCCCGCUGCCCACCAAGCUAAUCCCAUCGGUGAAAGAAAGAAGGGUGGAAGAUUUGUGGCAAUACCCGUACCCCUGACAUCACGAACUGAUCCCAAGACUGUGUCCCUGGCCCUGGCUGCAGCCCACCAUCUUUACUGGCAGAGCACUUUAGACUGUCACUGCCAACAGGGCAGACUGGUCUUUGGACCCUGUGCCCGGGAGGGCCUGCAAGGGCCGAGGUUGACAGUGCAGGUCCUGCCCUGUGGGUCCCCGCAUGGGGUGGGUGGAGCCCAGACCGGCUCUGCCGGCCCCUCCUAGUCUGAGCCUCUCAGACAGCUGGAGCUCUGCCCUGCCAGGAGGACCAAGGGACAGAGGGACAGGGGGACGGGUGAGGGAGGAGAGGGCUGCAAGGAGCCGGGGAAGAGCUUCAGGAGCAGCUGCACUCCCGGUGCUGCUGGGGGGCUUGUGCGGCUCUGGGCCUCACAUCCCCUGUGGUCCCACAGCCCCGGGUUCCCCUGCCACCCCUCUCGCUCCCCGAAAUCACCAUUCUCUGCACUCCGAGACCUUCUUCCCUGAUCCUUGUCCCCGCUGCAGGCAGGGCCAGGGAUUUCCAUGCUGUUUUCCACGAGCUCAUGUUUAUUUCUGAAAGGGACGCUGCCUGGGGAGGGGUGGCUGCAGGAGAGGGGAAGUGCGGGCACAGAGUCGGGCUCCCUUUCUUGGCCGCUGAGACUCAGGCAAGCCCCGAUGGGCUGCAGCUGCCUGGGCUGAGCAGCGCCCCCCGGUUGCGGCCGGGCCUGCGGGACUCGCCCCUCGGGGGCCCUGGCGGCAGCUUUCCCCAAGGGCGACGCUUGCCCUCCACCCGAGGUGCCAGUGACACACUCCUUCUCGGACCGGUGCUCCGAGGAAGAAGACACAGCUCUGAAGCACGGAGAGAGGGAAGUCGCAACGCCCGGCCCAUGUGGCCGCUACCCGCCCCACGCUGGGCAGGCUGGCCCGAGUGGGAUCACUCUGGUGGCCCGGAGACGGGGUAGCAGGUCUGAGUGCACUUUGUACUGGCUCCCCCGGGCUGGGAGAGCCCUCAAGGGAUGGGACACCUGGCGACAGGCUCCCUUCCUUUGUGAGGAAGCUGCUGGGGCCAGCAGGCCCCCUUCCGUGGAUGUUGUGAGUUCCUCUAAUCAGGACAUGGACAGGACGAUCUGGGGAAGGCUUUGGAAAGAGUAGGUUCAUCCUUUCACUUUUCCAACCCUCAUCACUAAUGUCCGUGCCAUUUUGUAUUUUACUAAUAAAAUUUAAAAGUCUUGUGAAUCA